AUGACGUUCUACAUGGCGCCGGCGUCGUCGGCCGCCAACCGGAACGUCUACGUCGCCGGCCGCGAUUCCAACGUCGACGAGGUCAUGCGCAGCUGGGAGCACAAGUUCGUAGUCGAAAAAAAAUUAUUUUAAAAGCGAAGAAAAGGAUAAAUUACUGAUCUAUCUGAUCUAUCGUAUAUGGGUGGUAACACUAAGAAUAACUGCCGAGAUAAACGCGAGACACUGGCGGUACAUUGACGAGCUCGCAAACAUCUCGCUUUUUUUCUCGCGCCGGUCUCGCAUUUUUCUGGGCGCCAGCUCGCAUUUUUCUAGGCGCGAGCUCGCAUUUCUCUCGCAAUUUGAAAAUUUCCGAAGUGCGAGAUAUAUGCGAGAUCGCGCCAAGAAAAAUUCGAGGUCGCGCCGAGAGAAAUGCGAGAUCGCGCCUUGAAAAAAGCGAGAUGUUUGCGAGCUCGUCAAUGUACCGCCACCGACCUCGCUUUUAUCUCGUCAGUUAUUCUUAGUGAAUCUGCGUUUUCUCAAAAAAAAAAAAUCCGAUUUUUGCAAGACAAUAAUCUGUUUUUUUACCCCCGAACCGUUGAAAAAAAUAUAAUUUUAAGUAAAUAAUAAGAAAUUCCGAUUUUUUUAAAAUAAUUUUCUUCAGUUUUAAAUGAACUCUUUAGGGUUCACACUUUGUCACUUAAAUAAAAAUAGGGAAACUGCAAUUUUAGGCCGAGUUUCAGGCCAAUUCUUCUACCUUAAGAUGAUUUAUGAGGAAUAGUGUUUUUGUUAUAAGAUUUGAAAAAUUUUUGUCGAUUAGAAUUAUUUAGCAAAAAAGUAUAGAUUUUUGAAGUUUUAAGGACCGGAGUGUAAAAUUCGCUUCUAAAAAAAUAUGAUUUCUUACAAAGUUUACAUCUUCAAACGGUCAAGAAAAAAAUUUUUUUAAAAAAAUCAAACCGUUGAAAAAACCUUUGACCGACUUUUUUUCUAAAAAGUCUUUAAAAAAACUCUAUCUCACCUUGUUUUUUUAUUUUUUUAAAAAAAUGAAUCGAAACAAAAAAAGAAAAAAAGAAAAAAAUUUACCCGUUCCCUUGACCUUUUUAAAUUUAUGAGUUGAAUAUUUUUUUCCCUUUUUAGAAAUCAGCUGUUUUCCCUAUUGAUUUUAUGCUCUUCCAUACGAAUAUUGAUGGAACUCGAAAAUUUGCAUAACUUUCUUUUUUGUUGUGUUCCCUUUCUGUUGGCAAGACGACUUUUUCACCAAAAAUUUUGGACUUUUCGUCUUUCAAAUGGCUCGAAUAAGGUUUUUUUUCAAUUGGCUUGGAAAUUUUUACUUUUAGGGGUUAAAAAUAGUCCGUAGAAGAGAAAUUUAGGUGGUCCUUGUAGGGAUUUGAGGUCUGACUCCUUAGCCGCUGAAAAUUAAGUAAAGUGGUCUCUAGAGGGGAACCUUCAAGGGCCCCUAUAGGGACCACUCUGUCGCUUUAAAGUCAAAAAUUAGGGGUUGAUAGGGAUUUUUGUGGGGGAAUAAAAGAAAAUAGAAGUUUUUUAAUUUAAAAAAAACAAAAAAGGAGAAAAAGCGGCAUUUUCAAAAAAAUCCAACAGCAAUUUCAUUUAUAUUUCCAGAUACUGUACAUACAAAGAAGCCAAGAUCUGCAUUUCGACGUUCAAUGUCAACGGAAGAAGUCCGCCUCCAAUUCUUCCCGGCUGGUUCCCCAGCGAAACGGGCGAUAUCUCCGAUAUUUAUGCCAUUGGGUAAUUGCUCAAAAAUUCAAGAAUUACCGUUUUCCUAAUGAAAAAGUAUCCACAGAGAAUCAAGUUUUAUUAAAUAAGCUUUUUUAACUUUCGAAUCUAGCCCCUCUAGGGACCACUCAAACGUUUCUGAGAAGUGUGGAUUUGAAUUUGAAAGUUAGUAUGAACCUCGGUGGACAUCUGGACGAUGGAUAGAUCUUUUAUCUACUUUUUAUAAACGGAGCAUGACUGGCGACCCCCUCACUCAAUGCUAAGCACCCCCUUCCCCUUUUUUUUUAAAGGUUUUCGCUACUUCCCCUUUUUUGCCAAGUCCCUCCCCUUUUUUUCAGGUCCCACCGAGACUAUCCCAUGUAUGUGGACAUCAAGAAAACAUAUAACCAUUUUUGCCCCCCGCCCCUCAAGUUGAAAAAAAGCUUGAUUUGAACAUACUAUUAUGAAAAGCAAAGUUUUCACAAGAAAAUAGAGAAUUUUUACCUAGAUUACAAGAAAUGGACCUUUCCGUGGGCACCUACAUCAUCGACAACACCAAAAAGAUGGAAGAAUGGAUCGAUUGCAUGCGAAAAUCGCUCCCAGGCGGCGAAAUCGCCUUCGAAGUCGUAGGUUUUUCCGUCCAGUAAUUAAUUGAUAGUUAAAACUCGAUUUGAUAUCAUGCAAGCUUGUCUUUUAGCCGAAAAACUGUAUAUCUUUGGUUUGAAUUUCGCUUUGAGACCCGUGUUUUAGCAGCCUUUUUGCAAUUUGUUAAAGUUCCGAAGCGAAAACGCAAAAAGAAAGCUUGAAUAGGAGGACAGUUUAUCCUCAAAUAUAUUGAGAUUCUUUUUUUCUGAAUCGAUCACUUCCAGAACUCUUAAAAGUUCCUUGAGAAAAAAUAAUAGGUUCUGUGAAAUGAAGACAUUUCCAUAAAGGAGAUACUUCUUUUUCAAAUCCAUAAUUUUUUUGUCGAAAAAAAUUUGAAAAAGAUAGAAAAAAAUUCAGAGCUUAAACUCUAGAAAUUCGCUUCGUUUAGACAGUUUUGAGAUUUUCAUUCCCUUUUUCAAAAAAAAGUUUUUUUUUACACAAAAAUCAAAUUUGAAACGGAACUCAUUUGUGAAACAAAAAUUGUACUUGAAUGUUUUUUUAUCUUGCUCAGACGUUCCUAGGCGCCUUUCCAUCAUUUUGUAUCGUUUUAGGAGAAUAAGAAGGGGCUGAAAAUACGAGGAAAAGGCAAAUAGAAGAAAGUUUGCACCUUUUCAGGAACUGAAAAUAAACUUUUUUUGUCAUUUUAGGUACUUCAAAGAUCACUUGAACUAUGCUUUUGUAGAAAAAAGACAUUUCCAGAUCGCGACGAUGCGGCUCGUCGGGAUCUUCGUGGCGAUUUUCCAAUGGCGUGGCAGUCAUUUGAAAAUCUCCCACGUUUCGACAAAUUAUAUGGCGACCGGCAUUUCGGUCCUCAUGAACAAAUUGGGCAACAAAGUUGGUGUCUAGAAAGAUUCUAUGGAAAAGAUGUUAUCUGAAAUUACCCCAUUUCUAGGGAGGAGUCGCGAUUUCCUUGAAGAUCAACGACACUUGGGUUUGCUUUAUCAAUUCGCACUUUGCCGCCGGAAAUAAUGAACUGGAGCGAAGGAACCAGGAUUUUCGGUAGGGUUUGAAGGAGUUAAUUUAUUGAAAAAUUUAAAAAAAGAGAAUUCUUUUUAGUAAAUGAGGAAAAGGAGUGGAAAGUUGAGAAAAAAAUAUUGGAAUGUUCGAUUCAUGACGCGAUUUUGACUUUUUGAAUCUUUGAAACGGUUUUUUAACACAAAAUCAAGAAGAGCGAAAAAAAAAACUGAGGAUUUGGUUAAUUUUAACUUGUGUAAUGACUUUUUUGCUGUGAGAAAUAAAUUGGAAGGGUUCUAUGAAAUAACAAGAAAUCCGGGAAUUUUUUAGAAUUCGAAUCUUUGAUAUAACCGGAAUUUUCGAGCUUCUGGAUGAUUAUUUUGUGAGAAAAUGCGUUGAAAAAAAGAACUAUAAAAUAACAGAAAAUGAAAAAUUUCUUUUCUACGAUAUAUUUGGGAUUUCUCAAGCUUAGUAAGGAUUUUUUGUGAGAAAGAGAAAGGAAAAAAGAGCUGUAAAAUUGAAAUUUUUGAUUCUAUGUCAAAUAUUCAAUUUUCCAAGCAGCUUUGGAUUUAUUUUUGUGUGGCAAGCAGUGGAAAAAGGAGCUGUAAAUGACAGAAAAACUUAAAAAAAUACAGUUUGAUAAGAUUUUUUUGAGCUUAAGAAAGGUAUAUUUUUCAACAGUUUACUUCUUUGGAUAUUUUUUUGAGCUUUGCGAAAGAUAUUUUUUUGAGAAAAAAAUAUAAAGAAAGAGCUUGAAGAUAACAAAAACUGGAAGAAUUAUGAAAAAAACCAUUAUUUUUUUCUUCAGUGACAUAUCGCACAUCCGUUUCGCGAACGGAAUGCGAACGAUUUAUGAUCACGACGUGAUCUUUUGGUUCGGCGAUCUGAAUUACCGGCUCAGCACCGAGUACAUGGGAAUCUCCAAUGAACAGGUUUCAUCCCCUUUUUUUGUGUUGGGUUAAAACUAUAAAGAGCUCAAAAGAGGAUUUUUUUAAAAGUUUCUCAUCUAUUUUUUCUAUUUUUCAAGGCCAUCAGUUUCCUUAGAUAUUUAGAUUCAUAUUUUUUUAAAAAAAUAAGAAAAAAAGUGAUUUAAGAGUACUACUAUUUGACGCAUCUGAAUAAUGGAAUUUUUCAUUCUUUUAUAUAUUUUAAACUUCAUAUUUCUAUUUUUUCUAGGUCCGAAUAAUGGCGUCAAGUAACGACUUUAGCAGUCUGCUCAAAUAUGAUCAGGUAAGGUUUAAAUUUAAUAAAACAGGGUUCAAAACUGAAAAAGCUGUCUUUAUUGGGGUAAAAUUAAGCUCGCCCCUAUAGGGGUUUAAGGUCUGACCCCUUAGCCCCCUCAUAGAGUCCUCUAUAGCGACUACUUUUGCAAGCUUCAGUGGCCCCUAUAGAGGUUCGUAGAGUGGUCCCUAAAUUGGCUUUCCGUAACUCAUUUGAUUCGCAAUAAACAGUUCUCAGAAUGAGAGAGGGCAUUAGAAAUCAGGUACAUGAAAAAUAAAACCCGAUUGUUCAGCACGCCGAAGGGAAAUGAGUUAAAUUCAGCUCCGCGAGCAAAUGCAGCGACGGCUGGUUUUCGAUGGAUUCGUCGAACCGGCGACUUUCUCCUUCAGACCGACUUACAAGUACGAUGUCGGGACGAAUAUUUGGGAUACCAGUGAAAAGGUCAUACAUUUAUGGUUUUUUUUAAUUGGAUGGUCAAAUGUAUCGCUACACUCCUUUUGUUCUUACCGCUGUUUUUUCUGCCUCCUCGUAUCUUGGCGACCCUCUCAUGUUGAAAUGCUGUUUUCAUCUUUCUCUGACCUUGCCGGCAAGGGAACAGAGAGACGCAGACACUCGAAAGCUUCCUAGUCGUGGUGAACGAGCUAUAAAGUUUAUAGUCUCCAGGAUUUUCCUUUUAAUGUAGAAUAGUUUUUUUCUCAUCUGCGCUCUCUUAUAUAUAUCUUUUCGCGAUGUUUUCAUAUUACCAUGAUUUGAUGAGGAAGAAGAGAGGGCAGACAGGUUAGAAAGUAGCAAGUAUGGAGUAUGCUGAAUUUCGCGAUUAUUCUGGUCUAGUAAAAAAUGUUUCUAAAAAAAAAUUAUUCAGGGUCGAGUUCCUGCUUGGACAGAUCGAAUUUUGUACUGGAAAGCUGAGGAUUCGAUUAAAAUCGAGAACAAGUAAGUGGUCUUGAAUUCUGGUCUUUUACGAAGUUCUUUUCAUUUUCUAUUUGAAAGCCUUCUUUACAAUUUUUCAUUUCUUUCACCUGGGAAUGGUCUCAGCUCACAGUGGGACUUCUGAAUGAGACCAUUUUUGCUAGGUGUAGUUUUUCACGCUGAUAACAAAUCCGUUUUCAAAAGCUGCCACCGAGGUCUGUGAAAAAAGUUAUGGACCCUCAAAAGUCGAAAAUCUCAUAGUCUUCGAUCGAGCUCAUUUUUGGAGUGUAUGUAGAUCCUGUCUCUCUGAUCACAAAAAUCCAUUUGAUUUUUCCAAAAAAAAAACUUUGGAGCUUAGAUAUGACUUUUCAAAUCUCGGCUCGUGAAAAGAGCUUGCUUUUGAGGGUUCAUAACUUUUUUCACUGACGUAUUGGGCAGCUUUUGAGACCGGAUUUGGAAUCAGCAUAAAAAACUACAUCUGGAAUACAUGGUCUCAAUCAGAAGUCCCACUGUGAAAUGAGGCCAUUCCCUGGUCAGUUCGAUUUUUCUAAAUUUCGAGGCAAUUUUUUUUGGAAUACUUUUGGAAUAAUCGUUUCUCUUCACACUUCAAAAAAAAUUUUCAUUAAUUUGUAUAAAAAAAUGACGAAUUCGCUUUAUUUCGACCAGAAGACAGGCAUUCUUGAGAUUCCGAAAAAAAUUCCUAAAUUUUCUUAUUUUUCAGACUAAUGGAAAGUGUUCAGUCGAUCUCAAUAUCCGAUCAUAAGCCAGUCCGGGGAUUUUUCCGGCUCGGGGUCAAGAAAAUCGAUGAGGUUUUAUAAUUUGUCUGAAAAAUGGCUCAGCGCGUCGCGUUGCGGUUUUUUAAAAUUUUGAAAACUAAAAAUUUUAAAAAGGUUCCAAGUCGCUUUGGGUCGGGUGCACUUUUAGAGUGACCGCUUCGCAGCCGCAACGCGUUGAGCCAUUCCUUUUGCCAGGGAAGGUGAAUUUACUUUGUGUUUCUUGAAAAUUAUUCAGAAUGUUUCUUGAGAUCCUAUAGGAUGAUCCUGACGGUUUUGAAACUCAAAAAUUCGUAUUUUUCGAAAAAAAGAUACCUCAAAGUCGAAAAAAACUAUCGUAAACCAAUAGAAUUGGUCUUUUUGAGAAAUUGAGUUUUUUUUUUUCAUUGAAUAGUAGAAAAUUUUGCAGUUUUUUUUUAGAUGUUUAAGAUCUGUACCUCAUCCAGGAUUAUUCUGGCCACUUUCAAGAUUUUGUUGAGCCUCAGAAUAAAGUUACCUUCCUUGUGGUAUCAGGAUCUCUGAAGUUUUUUCAAAAUAUGAACUUUUCCAGGCCAAAGCUAACCAGAUUUAUGAAGAAGCUUGUCGAGAAGCCGACCGGAAAGCCAAUGAACUAUUGCCUCAGGUCAAACUGAGCCAGACUGAGGUUUUUUUUGGAUCGAUUUUUGAUUUUCCAAUGUGAUUUCAAUUGUAGACUGUGACGGAAAAGAGCUUGAAAUUGAAAACAAUGGAGAUCUUUUACUGUAUUGGAAACAUUUUUAGGGGCCACUUUAGGGUUUUGACGUGUUAGGGGCCACUGGAGUAGUCAAGUUAGAGACCACUUAAGUGGCGAACAUUUAGAGGCCUUUUUAGAAGUCUAAGUGCUACUAGACUACUAAAACUUCCAUAGUGGCCACUAAGGCUUCAAAUAGUGACUUUUAUAGGGGUUUUUGUAGUGGCCACUUAAGGGUCCCCUUCACAAGUAGUUUUUGAGGAACCCCUUAAGAGCCCACUAAAGAUUUUCCAAACUUUUUUGGAUGAUUAAAGUUUUUGUAAGUUAAAAGGAUCACGUGGUCGAAAAUUCCUAAGAAAUGGUGAUAUUUCAAAACAAAAGUCCAUAGAUGUCAAUAAAAAUCAUAUAAAAUCAAUAAAAAAACGAAAAAUUUCAGAUCGAUUUCGGAGAAGUGAAAUAUUUGGAGCCAACAACCCGACAGAUUACCGUCAACAAUAUUGGAAAAUCUCAGGUAUCAUCUUAACAUGGACAAAGUCGGAAAGACCCUCCGAGGGUUCAUAAAGACUCCUUUUUGCUGCCUUUUUGCGCCAUUUUCUGAGCCCUUAUGCACCAUUUUUGCUGCCUCUCCCGUUUUCUACCAUUUCUUGAGCCUUUAAAAUUCUAAAAAAAAAAUGGAAGGCUCGAAAAAGGGACCUUUUUGCUGCCAUUGUGCUCCCUUUUUGAUGCCUUUUUGCUGCCUUUCUGCGGCCUUUUUUGAGUUUCUCCCUUUUAGCGACCAUUAUCCAUCAUUCCGACUAUCCCCGGGUAAUUUCAUUAGUUUUCCAGGUCCGAUUCAACUUCGAAAUCACCCCCUUGGGCAAGGCAAAUCAAUCGAUUUCGGCUGAAUGGCUUCAGGUUUUCUGUUUUCUGGUCUUUAUCCAUGAUUACUGUUCCUAAAAAGUGUAUGAAACUUUCUAGAAAUUCAAAGUUUUCAAUGUGUAAACUCUGUAACGUAACUUCAAAGAAAAGUAAUUUGGAAGAAGAAAAAAAAGAACAAAGGAAAAGAUAGGAAUCUCUGCCGCGUUUUGCCCUCUUUGGAUGUAGCGAAUCGACAUUUUCGUGCCCUUUUUUUGUUCUUCACGUUAAUUUUUGAGUUCAAAAAGUUUUAGCCUUCCAAAAAUAGCCUAAGUUCAAUCAGCAUCUUCAGUACGUUGUCAUCGUUUCUAGAAAAAUUAGUUUAUUAUAACUUUUUUUUUUCGCCGAUUUUGCUUUCUAUUCAAAUAAUCAAGCGUUUAUCCAGUUUUUUCAAAAAAAAAAAAUGUCCAGAAAAAUAUGAAAGCAAUUUUUCCAGUUUGGCGUAAGGUUCUGUGUUUUGGCCGCAGUUGGCCCAAAAAUUUUUUUCUGAAAAAUUAAUUAUUCGUGAAAAAAAGUCUCGAAAACAUCAUUUUUUUCAUUUUUUUCUAUAAUUUUGCCUUUUUUUGAAACAGAAAAAAAUUAUUCAUAAUUCAUGGAUUUUUUUCUUCGAAUAUUAAUGAAAACGCUUCGAAACAUUUUGAGGCUCUUUUUCAUUUUAUUUAGCUUUCACACUUUCCAACGUUUUUCAAGCUUGCCAUUUUUGCAAUAAAAGACAACAAAUAAUGCAUAAUUCAUGGAUCAUUCUCAUUUUUGCAGGUCACCCCACCGCAUUACGUGAUCCCGAAGGGCCAAUCGACCCAGGUAAUUCAAUUGUUUUCGGGUCUUCUUCCUACGAUUGUUUUUCGCCGAAAAAUGCCCAUUUCCAGCUUCUUUCCGCGCCUUUUUGUCUAGUUUUGAAGCGAUUUUUGAGCUCAUUUGUUUGGACAGCUGUUUUGAGAGAUUUUUUUCAAUUAUUUCAGAAAAAUAAUCUUUGUAUUUUGCAGUGUAAAAAGACAUUAUUCAUUGUAUCAUUCGAAUAAAACUUGCCAAAUUUUUUUCUAUUCAAAAAGUGGUUCAAAAAAUGUGCAUUCAUUUUUAUAUUUCUCCCGAAAAUUCCAGAUUUCUCUGACCGUAUCGAUCGAUUCGAAAGAAGCCAGAAAACUUCACGAAAAGGCGAAAAGUUCGCAAUUACAGGUGAUUUUUCUGAAACAAAAGAAGAAAAUUAGAAAAAAAAUAUUUCCAGGACAUUUUGGUCCUUCACUUGGAACAUGGCAGGGAUCAUUUCAUACCGGUUACUGCUAAAUAUUCUCCGAAGUUUGUGAAUUUAUUAACUUUCAUUUUUAAUAGAUAAAUUUUUCAGAUGUUUUGGAGUUUCAAUCGAUCAACUCCUGGCCAACAAAAAGACCGUCGAAGGAAGAAAAAUCUGAUCGAUUUUGUAGGUUUUUUUCUCGAAAUUUUCAGAUUCUAAACGCCUAUUAUUUUACAGUAUUACAAAUGGACAGUAAGACAGCAUAAUGUCACAGUAACAUUAAAAGUUCUCAGACAGAGUGUUAAAAAAAUAAUUUUUUUCAACUUAAAAAUAAUUAUUUUUAACAUAUCGGCGUAAAGUUCCCUGUUUUGACCGCAGAGUUUGUAUGCAGAUCUAACAAUUCACCUGACGACUUUUGCCAGUGUGGCGUGAAAAACGGUGUUUUGACCGCAGAGCCUGUGUAUGCAGAUCGAGCAUUUGAUCUGACGACUUUUUUUAAUUUUUUUGAACAUUUUUUUCGACGUUUUUCAUCGGAAAUUAGCUUCGAAACACAAAAAUAGCGUUUCAAAAAUUUAAACCACUAUUAUUUCGGAACAAAUUUCGGCGAUUUGAGAAUGAAAAAUAGCUUUUUUUAGACAUUUUUUUGUUUCUUCAUCAAAUUCGCUAAAAAAAUGUUCAAAAAAAUAACACAAUUUGAAGAAAAAAAGGGGUUCACCGUUUCAGAGAAUCAACUUAUAUUUUAUCAGUUUUUCAAAAACAUUCGAUCUUGUGAUUCUACUACGGAUUUUUUUCAGGGCGAUGAAGUUUCCGAAGACGACACUUGCCCGAAAGAUUUGCCUCGCGAGGUUUUUUCGGAAAAGGAUUUUCUUUCAAAAAAGUAUAUUUGAAGAUUUUCCGAUUGGUAGACGCUUUGAGGCGAAGAGGCGUGGCUUCGUUGAAUUUGGCCGAAAGUACGGACAAUACGGAUUUCAUCCAAAUAAGGAAUGCUCUGGAAUCUGGGCAUCCUACUGAUUUGAGUGGGUUUUUUUCUUCUUGAUAACGACGAAAAAUAAUAUUUAUUAAGAAAAAAAAAACACUAGAAAAAGCGGAAAAUCCAAUUUUAGCCUGUAUUUUCUAUGUUUUUUAGUUUUUGUUCGAGAAUUUAGAAAAAUAUUUUUUUAACUUUGAGGACCUAAGAUUCGAUAAAAUAAUAUUUUUUCACAGUGAAUUUUAAUUAAAAAUGAUUUCAACAUUCCGUCGUAAAAUAUUUUGUUUUGACCGUAGAGAUGUGUAUGCAGAUCUGACAAUUAACCUGACGACCUUUGACAUUCUGGCGUAGAAAACGGUGUUUUGACUGCAGCACUGUGUAUGAAGAUCGCACAUUUAAGCUAGUUUCGAAUUUUUAUACAAAGUCCUUUUUUUCGGAAUAAGGCAUGUUCUACUAAAAUAUAUUCCUUCACAAAUUAUAUCUUUUUUUUUUGGAACCGAAAUUCUUCUUUUAAAAAAAUAAAAUUCAUCCUUUUCAGCUCUCCUCCAAGUGUCUUCUUUCGCCUUGUACAGCGCUUUGAUCCGUCUUAUCGAUACUUUGACCGGUUGGAAAUAAUUAAAUCAAGGAAAUGAUUAUGAAAAAUGUUUCAGAGCCGGUUAUUCCGUCGGGAAUGGACGGAAUCAUCCACUACGAGUUCAUUGGCGUCAAUCGAGACGCUAGAGCGUUAGUUUGAAAAUAUCAAAUUGCGGCUCAAAAAUAUUGAAACAUCCAUUCCGUACCUACUGGGUCUUCCUUGUCAGAAUUUUCUUUUAUCCAAGCUUUCAAAAUUUUUCUAAAAACCUACUAUGAGAAUUUUUAGUGGCCUCCUCUUCAGGGUUUUGACGUUCCAGAGGUCACCAAAAAUAGAACUGCUAAAGUGGUCACUAAAAGGAAAAUAGUGGUUUUAGUGGUAGACCUUGAGGAACAAAUCAAAUGGCCACUAGAGUUUUUUUUUCCUUUAACAAAAUGUUUAGUGUCCACUUUAGGGUUUUGACGAGGCCACCAAAAAUAUAACUGCUAAAAUGGUCACUAAAAAAAUCGUGUACAUUUAUUUAAAAUGACUAAAAAAGAAAAAAAAAUGGCAUACCUUAUGGCCUUAGUGGCCUUGCCAGUGGUCCUUAAGAAACCUCUUAAGUGACCACUAGAGUUUUUUCUUCUUCAAACAAAACUUUCGCGUCUUACGCUUCUUAAGUCUCACGCAGGGCGGUAAGUUUAUUUUUUAAAUUUUUCAUUGUUUUCUCAUUUUCUCGCAAUGUACUUUAUAAUUACCUUGGUUAGAAGUUUCUAGUAAAAAUUUAUGUCCGUUUUUGGCGACCUGAAAAGUCUUCUCUGCGCCCUCCUUGUCUCUCGCCGACCGUCUCCUUUUGACGUGCUAUUUCCAUGUUUCUCUGACCUCACCGAUGAGGGAACAGAGACGCAGACACUCGAAAAGUGCCAAGUCGCGAAGAACGGACUAUAAUCUUUCAUACCUUCGAGCGACUCUGUAUUACUCUGAAAGUUCGAUCCUUUUGCAGUUUGUGGACGGCGGUUUCUGUCCUGCCGCCGGCGAACCGCGCGAUCGUCGAGUACAUUGCACUGAUGCUACACGAGUUUAUCAGUCAGAAUGCGGCGAUUCGAGGUUUGAAUGGGAAAAUCUUGAGUUGGUAUUGAUCCGGGCAGUUUUAGAGAUUUACGACCAAAUUUUAAGCUUUUUCUAAAUUAUUCAGAAUUUUUCACUGCACUCAUAGGCAAAGGCGGAAAGGGUGGAAAUAGGCUCUAUAGAAAUUUUUCUUUUUUGCUGUCUUUUUGCGCCAUUUCAUCGGCCUUUAUGCACCAUUUUUGCUGCCUCUCCCUUUUACCAACAUUCCUUGACCCUUUAAAAUCCCAGAAAAAAUGGAAGACUCGAAAAAGGGACCCUUUUUGCUGCCUUUUUGCUGCUUUUCUGCAGCCUUUUUCGAGCCUCUCCCAACUAUCCACCAUUCCGACUUUGUCCGAUUUAAUAAAAUAAAGUUAAAUAAGUUUUUUUUGGGCUCAAAAUCAGAGCUGCUGUGGGGGCGGGCUGCCCCGGGCGACACAGCCCGCGGAGCGGUCACAUUGUCGAAAUAUUCACGUUUCCUUGAUUUUUUCGCGAUUUUCGUGUCGGGUAGGCCCGGGCGACUCGGGGCAUCCUUUGGACAGCUCUGCUCAAAACCAUUCCAAACAGUUGAGAUCAGAAAAUAUCUUGUUUGAGAGUUUCUGAGAAGUGGAAAAAGGUUUUCUGAUUUCAUUCUCAGGACAAAAACGGGUGAAAAGAGGGCGAAUUUUGUUCCAAUUAAAAAAAAUUCUAACAAAAUCAAUCUCCGCAGGACGAUGUUGAGUUAUUGAGAAAACAACAGGUUGUUUGUUUGUAGAACAACUGCCGCUGUGGGCGGAGCGACUGUUCCGGUACCCGCCACAGACGGCGACGCUGCUCUCGGCGCCCGACCCGCGGGUCGUCGCCCUCCAGACCCUCUGCGAGUAUCGACGCGACGCCGUCUUCCUCUUCUGA